UACAGGUGACUCGUUGAUAAUUUGAUAGGCAUGCCAACUCCCUUUACACUACCAAAAACCUGCCUUUCCUUUCUAGGCCGGGCACAAGAGUUUUGGUGAAUGGGAUUCUGGCAUGGAAAGCAGCAAGUUCGCUUCUUUCUUCUGAAAAUCACUACAAAGAAAGAAAGAACAUCCAUUUGAGAAUUUGUUGACAUUUCAAUAUCCGAUGACCUUAAGGAGUCUCCAUUUUCCAGAGCUCGUGUCUGGUCUAGAACGUUCCAACUGUAUGGAGAAACUAAGAGAAGCUGUUCUUUGUUUUGUGACACUACUAUGGUUAUGGGGUUCUGCGAAUGCUGUUCUUUCUCCUAAAGGGGUGAAUUUUGAAGUGCAAGCUUUAAUGGGCAUAAAAGCUUCUCUGCGGGAUCCUCAUGGCAUCUUAGAUAACUGGGAUGCGGAUGCAGUUGAUCCUUGUAGCUGGACUAUGGUCACCUGUUCGCUGGACAACUUGGUUAUUGGCCUGGGUACUCCCAGUCAAAGUAUAUCUGGUACUCUGUCUCGAAGCAUAGGUAACCUAACAAACCUUCAGAUUGUGUUGCUACAGAAUAAUAACAUAACAGGUCCAAUACCUUCAGAGCUAGGCAGGCUUUCAAAUCUUCAUACACUUGAUCUCUCUAAUAACUUAUUCAAUGGGGAAGUUCCCCCUUCUCUCGGUCACUUGAGAAGCCUUCAAUACCUGAGGCUCAACAAUAACAGCCUUUCUGGAGAAUGUCCAGAGUCACUAGCUAACAUGACACAGCUUGCUUUUCUUGACUUGUCCUAUAACAACCUCAGUGGUCCAAUGCCCAGAAUUUUGGCCAAAUCAUUCAACAUUGUCGGAAACCCUCUCGUCUGUGAUACGGGGAAAGAGACAAAAUGCCAUGGCAUGACGACAUUGAUGCCUAUGUCCAUGAACUUAAACACUACAAGAGAUGCUAUACCAUCAAGCAAAACAAAAUCACACAAGAUGGCCAUCGCCUUUGGAUUAAGUCUAGGAUUCCUUUGCUUGAUAGUUCUUGGUUUUGGCCUAUUUCUAUGGUGGAGGCACAAACAUCACGAACAGGCAUUUUUUGAUGUCAAAGACCGAUAUCAUGAAGAAGUGUACCUGGGAAACCUGAAGAGGUUCCAAUUUAGAGAACUUCAGAUAGCUACCCACAACUUCAGCAGCAAGAACAUUCUGGGAAAGGGUGGCUUUGGAAAUGUGUACAAAGGAAUGCUCCCAGAUGGAACUGUUGUGGCUGUCAAGAGGCUUAAAGAUGGCAAUGCCAUAGGAGGAGAUAUCCAAUUUCAGACUGAAGUUGAAAUGAUUAGCUUGGCAGUGCACCGAAACCUCCUUAGACUCUAUGGAUUCUGUGUGACACCAAAUGAAAGGCUUCUGGUUUACCCUUACAUGUCCAAUGGCAGUGUUGCUUCCCGUCUCAAGGCUAAACCAGUGUUGGACUGGGGCACUAGGAAGCAAAUCGCCUUGGGGACAGCCAGGGGACUGCUAUAUCUUCAUGAGCAGUGUGAUCCAAAGAUAAUUCAUAGGGAUGUGAAAGCCGCUAACAUAUUGCUCGAUGACUAUUGUGAGGCAGUGGUUGGAGAUUUUGGGUUGGCAAAGCUUUUGGAUCACCAAGAUUCACACGUUACAACUGCAGUGAGAGGCACUGUAGGGCAUAUAGCCCCUGAGUAUCUCUCCACUGGGCAAUCCUCUGAGAAAACUGAUGUCUUCGGAUUUGGCAUUCUACUUCUUGAACUGAUCACAGGCCAGAGGGCUCUAGAAUUUGGCAAGAUAGCAAACCAGAAAGGAGCCAUGCUUGAUUGGGUGAAGAAAAUUCAUCAGGAGAAGAAGUUAGAACUGUUCGUGGACAAGGAUCUGAAGAAUAACUAUGACAGGAUUGAGCUGGAAGAAAUGGUUCAAGUGGCUCUCUUGUGUACUCAAUACCUUCCUGGUCACAGGCCCAAAAUGUCUGAAGUAGUAAGGAUGCUUGAAGGAGAUGGAUUGGCAGAAAGAUGGGAAGCUAAUCAAAGAGCUGACAUGAGCAAGUGCAAGGCUCCUGAAUUCUCCUCAUCUGAUCGAUAUUCUGAUCUCACUGAUGACUCUUCGAUGCAAGUCCAGGCCAUGGAACUUUCAGGCCCGAGGUGAAGUUUGUGUAGAGCCCUUUUUCUUUUUUGUUUGGUUUCAUAAAGAAAACAUACAUAGGAUGGUUGAGUUUGUUUAGAAAUUAUCUGAAUUAUAUAUAUGCCGUAUGAUAGCCUUCCAAAUGUACAGAAUCUUAUUCGUUGAAUGCAUCUCUGAAAGUGAAAAUUCUGUCAAAUUUAAAUUACAGUAUAUGCCAUGGGAUGCGAAUCUUUAAUGGGUCUUCAGUGAAUCUUUACCUUCGAUUGUAA